AUGGAAGCUAUGCUUGCAAAUUUUUGCAAGGAGUCUGAAGACAUGAAAAAAUUCAAGGAAGAAGUGAGAGGUAGUAUAAAAAGUCGAGGAGAGAUUAUUAAGAAUAUCGAAUCUCAAGUAGAACAUCUUUCACAGCAAAUUCCGAAGUCCACUGAUAGUUUCCCAAGUGACACUGAGAAAAAUCCAAAAGGGGAAAUGAAGAAGGUGAGAUGGGAAGAUUGUAAGGCAGUUACUCUUGCAAAUGAAGAAAUCCUGGAAGAAGACACCAGCAAGCCAAAAGAGAAUAGCCAAGGAAGUUCCCAGGGCAACUUAGAGGAAAAGAAACAAAGAACUGGAUCUGCACAGAGAAAAGAAUCAACAAGGAAGGAAAUGCCAAAACCUUAUGUGUCAAGGGCACCAUUUCCCCAGAGACUCAGGGAAUGUGAGAAAGAAAAGUCAUAUUCAAGAUUCCUAGACAUGUUUGCAUCCCUCAGUGUCAACAUCCCCUUCAUCAAAAUCCUCCAACAGAUGCCUACGUACAUCAAGUGCAUAAAAGAGCUGCUGACCAAGAAAGGAACCUUAAAAGGGGGACAAACAGUGGUAAUGAACAAGGAAUGUAGUGCCCUCAUCAAGAAGAAUGUACUCCUGAAGAAAAAAGAUCCGGGGAGCUUUCAUAUUCCCUAUACCAACAGAGGAUUUUGUGAUCUAGGAGCUAGCAUAAACGUGAUGCCUCUGUCUUUUAUGAAGAAGUUGCAAAUCAAUGAGCUGAGAUCCACAGAUGUAAUUAUCCAAUUGGCUGAUAAAACUCAGAAGCAAGCCGAAGGAGUAGUCGAGAUUGUAUUGGUCAAAGUGGGAAGUUACUUCGUCCCCACUGACUUUGUUAUUCUGGACAUGGAAAAAAAACCUAAAGAGCCGAAGGAUGAUCACAACAACAUGUGCAUAGAGGAAAGCAACAGUGAAUCAGAAGCAGAACCCCUGAAACAAUCUUUGGUGAACAAGCAAGAAUUUCAAGAGAUACAACAACCAAGAGAACUCAAGAACGAACUGAAGCCACAAGAGUUAUGA